CAGCGAGCCGAGGCGGCGAACUCGGAGUCGGAGGUGGAGCCUGAGGAGCAGGUGACUGCCGUGACCGUGAUGGCGGCAGAUGCCGAACACAUCGAGAUGGGUACCGAGUCCCUGCCGAGCGCCGACGCCGCCUUCGCAGAAGUGACCACGGUGACCGUUGCCAAUGUGGGCGCUUCUGCAGACAAUGUUUUCACCACAUCUGUGGCAAAUGCAGCAUCUAUUUCUGGACACGUGCUGUCUGGAAGAACAGCCCUUCAAAUUGGGGACAGCUUGAAUACUGAAAAAGCCACUCUCAUAGUGGUCCACACAGAUGGCAGCAUUGUAGAAACCACAGGGUUGAAGGGGCCCUCAGCACCUCUCACACCAGGUCCUCAGUCUCCCCCUACGCCUUUAACACCCGGUCAAGAAAAGAGCGGAACAAAGUAUAACUGGGACCCAUCAGUGUAUGACAAUGAACUUCCCGUGCGGUGCCGCAACAUCAGUGGAAUCCUAUAUAAAAACAGGCUUGGCUCAGGAGGCCGGGGCCGAUGCAUUAAGCAAGGGGAAAACUGGUACAGCCCCACUGAAUUUGAAGCCAUGGCAGGAAGGGCCAGCAGCAAAGACUGGAAAAGAAGUAUCCGCUAUGCUGGGAGGCCACUACAGUGCCUUAUUCACGAUGGGAUUUUAAACCCUCAUGCUGCCUCUUGCACUUGUGCUGCCUGCUGUGAUGACAUGACCUUGAGUGGCCCAGUGCGGCUCUUUGUACCUUAUAAAAGGCGGAAAAAAGAGAACGAAAUGCCUACAACUCCGGUGAAAAAGGAUUCUCCUAAAAACAUCACCCUGCUUCCUGCCACAGCUGCUACCACUUUCACCGUGACUCCUUCUGGACAGAUCACUACCUCUGGUGCUCUGACUUUUGACCGUGCAUCCACUGUGGAGGCCACAGCUAUCAUCUCAGAAAGUCCAUCCCAAGGCGAUGUUUUCACUGGAGCCACUGUACAGGAUACUAAUGUCCAGCAGCCUUGUCGAGUCAGUCAUCCAGAACCCCACUAUCCAAGUUAUCAGGACAACUGUCAGAUUUCACCUUUUCCAGAAGCUGCACUGCCAACUUCUCAUCCCAAAAUAGUGUUGACGUCACUUCCUGCCCUGGCUGUGCCACCCACUACCCCUACCAAAGCCAUAUCCCCUUCAGUGGUGAAUGGGCUGGAGAUGACAGAGCAACGGAGCUGGCUGUACCUGGAGGAGAUGGUCAACUCCUUACUCAACACAGCCCAGCAACUGAAGACUCUGAUUGAACAGGCUAAACAGGCCAGCUCCUCCUUCCGUGAGGCUGCUGUUACUCAAGCGAAAAUUCAAGCUGACGUGGAGAGGAAAGAGCAGUAUCAAAACCAGUUAUUUCAACAAACAGAAGAUGUGGAUGGAAAAACAGAAAUCAUCAUUAAGCAGUCCUGUGUCAACUGUGGCCGGGAGGCUAUGAACGAGUGCACUGGGUGUCACAAAGUGAAUUACUGCUCUACUUUCUGCCAGCGGAAGGAUUGGAAAGAUCACCAGCACAUGUGCGGUCAGUCAGCCACCGUCACAGUUCAAGCAGACGAGGACAACGUGAUAGAGAAAGUCACAGUCUGACAAAUCUACCUCUUCAAGUUCCCAGAAAAGUUGGAGAAAGAAGGUGCCUGGCUGGACCAGCAAGCUGGCUGCAGACUCCUCCAAUGGAUGGUUGUCUGAAAACUGAACUCUUCUUAGGAAGCCUUUUUCAUAUGCUGUGACAUCCUUUUCAGGCCUACGCCAAACUUGUCAGCAGUGGAGAAACUGAAGAUAUGUGACCUGAAAAUGAUAACUAGACUUGCUGGCCAGGAGGCCGCCUUCAAUUUACAGAAACUUUGGACUCUAAAAUUAAUCUCUCAAGACUCAGAAACCUCUGCAAUGCAGAUUUCAUCUUUCUAGCCAUCUCUCUUGUUCAUCUACAGUGGCUGGUUCGAGGGUUAAGAUGCAUCAGUGUUUUAUACCCCCCAUCAACAUCACCUUACCUCUCAUGUGAAGAAAACAAAUAGUCCUUUGUUUAAUUUAUUUAAUUGCCUUUAAAAAAAUGCAGCAUCAGCUAUAGUCCAUCACUGAUGCCCCUUUUUUUGAUGCAUUUCUUCCACCAUGGUCAAAAUUUAAACAUAUUGGAAAGAUGCACAUGUAUAUAAAGGGAACAUGUUUUGUUAAAUAAAAUACUGAGAAAUCAU